AUGGUAAACCUGCUGCUGGUAGUGCUUGCUUGCAUGGGAUGCAAAGCUGACAUUGACAACUGUAGAGUCAGAAAUCCUUACCCUCCACUUCACAAGUAUCAUCAGUCAGGAGACCUCAUCAUUGGUGGAAUUGCUACUUAUGGUCUCUUUGUCUCCAGUCCAACAGCCUUCACUAAAGAACCCCCUCCAGAAAUGGUGGAUGAACUUGUGGUAUUUCCUAAGCAUUACCAGCACAUCCUGGCCUUGGUGUUUGCAAUAAAAGAAAUCAAUGAAAAUCCUGAGAUCUUACCCAAUAUCACCUUGGGCUUCCACAUCUAUGAUAGCUGUGACAAUGCAAGGAAGACCUAUCAUGCCACAAUGCUACUGUUGACUACACUGGAAAACGUUGUACCUAACUAUGUUUGUGAUAUCCAGAAUACAUUAACAGCAGUUAUUGGGGGACUGGAUGCUGAAAUCUCCCUAUAUGUGGCAAAUAUCUUGGAUACCUAUAAGACUCCACAGCUUCAACCAUUUCUAAAAUUGGUCUCAUUUAAUAACAGUGCAGGGGACAAAGUUUCCUUCAACCAGAAUGGGGAGCUAGUUGCUGGAUUGGAUGUGAUCAAUUGGAUUAUCUUCUCCAACCAUUCAUUCCAUAGGGUGAGAGUAGGGAGAAUGGAUCCUGAGGCUCCCCAAGGUCAAGCAUUCACUAUUGAUGAAGAUGCCAUAUCAUGGCAUGGCUGGUUUAAUCAGUCCCGGCCUCUUUCUCAGUGCACUGAGAGUUGCCAACCUGGUUCUCACAAGAAAAUGAAGGAGGGGAAGCCAUUUUGCUGCUACGAUUGCAUCCCAUGUCCAGAAGGGAAAAUUUCAAACCAGGAGGACAUGGAUGACUGCCAUAAAUGCACUGAGGAAAACUAUCCAAACGAAAAACAGGAUGCCUGCAUUCACAAGACUGUAACCUUCUUAUCUUAUGAAGAACCUUUAGGAUUUACUUUAGCCUCUUUUGCUGUCUCCUUUUCAUUGACUACAGCUCUGAUACUGGGAACCUUUAUGAAGCACCACAACACUCCCAUUGUCAAAGCCCACAACCGGGACCUCACCUACACUCUUCUCAUCUCCCUCCUUCUCUCCUUUCUUUGUGCAUUGCUGUUUAUUGGCUGUCCUCAUAAGGUGACCUGUCUCCUCCGACAAACGACUUUUGGGCUCAUCUUCUCAGUGGCUGUUUCUUGUGUGCUGGCAAAAACCAUCACGGUGGUUCUGGCUUUCAUGGCCACCAAACCAGGGUCCAGGAUGAGGAAGUGGUUGAGGAAAAGACUGGCCAUCUCCAUUGUUCUUUUCUGCUCCCUCAUCCAAGCAAGCAUCUCUACCUUCUGGCUGGCCACCUCUCCACCUUUCCCAGAUAUAGACAUGCACUCAGUGGCUAAAGAAAUUGUACUACAGUGUAACGAACAGUCUGUGACUCUGUUUUGCUGUGUUCUGGGCUACAUGGGUUUCCUGGCAAUGGUGAGUUUCACUGUGGCUUUCCUUGCAAGGAAGCUCCCUGACAGUUUCAAUGAAGCCAAGUUUAUCACUUUCAGCAUGCUGGUCUUCUGCAGUGUGUGGUUAUCCUUUGUUCCAUCCUAUCUGAGCUCCAAGGGAAAAUACAUGGUAGCCGUGGAGAUCUUUUCUAUCUUAGCCUCAAGUGCUGGGUUGUUGGUUUGUAUCUUUUUCCCCAAAUGUUACAUCAUAGUGUUGAGACCUCAGCUUAACACGAGGGAACAGUUAAUAAGGAGAAAAGAUGGAAGAGCCUCAAUCUUCUUCCUCUACGAAUUGGAUGAAAUCCUAAAGCUGCAGAUGCUAAGAGGGCAAAGUAAUUACAUCCUGACCUUCUUCUUCCUCUAUGUGCUUUCAUCUAGAUUACAUGGAAUGACAAACAUUAGUAGUGGUAGAUUCACUGAGGAUAAAGAGGCUGUGUCUAAACCAGCCAUUUAUCCCAGGGUCAGCUCAAGGUCAUCCCUGUGA